GUGACGUUCUAUCCUCAGUACUAGUUCAACGAUUCUCUUGUGAGGAGUCUAAUCGUAAUAACAAUAAUCACGAUAAAUCCACCCCUCCCCCUUCACCCUGAUAACGCUUAGUUGUGAUUCAUCUGGAGGGAAUUGAGUAUCGAUUUGUGGAUUGGCGAAUUCGAUAAAAUCGAUCAGUGACAGUAAUUUCACUGGACGAAUCGUAAGAAAAAAAUUAGCAGUUGACAGGAUCGAAGGUCGAGAGUCCGUUCGUCUUUUAGUGUACUCGUACUAGUAUUCGGAUAAUCUAAUCGCUUCACUCUGACACUCAUUGCUAUUAUUGUUAUUCUGGUUUUCUUUUUUUUUUCUUUUUCUUUCUCUUUAUUUCAUUUCGAGAGGCCGGGGCGGCGAUACGAUAACGUGUGAACCCACAAGUUGAUCGCACUCGAGAGUUCGGCAGUCCAUCCAGUGCUCUUUAUUAUUUGCGGUUAAUAAUUAAAAUAAAAGGGAGAAGAGCUGUUCGGUAUUUCGGCCAGUUGACAGCACCGCGAUUCUGGAGUUGAGUGAUGUCUUAACAGUUUAAUGGUGUAAUUCGAAAUUAUCAAGAUGGUGAAAAAUGGAAGGAAACAAAGUAUAUCAGAAGUGCUGUGGAAGCCGUAUUGUUCACCGCAUGGGUGCCUGGGUUAACGACGGUUCAGUGGUGGUGAAGGUGGUGAAGGUUGUCUUAAACAAUAGUAACGCUAAAAGAACUAAGGAACGUAUUCUGCUGCAUCCCCGCACGCGAACUAAAACGCGACGACGUAUUGUCGCGUUUGACCACACUAAUGACAACAAAAAAGAUAAUCCAAAUAAACUUGUCUUCCAGUCAUUCACUUGCACAACCACGACGAUAUUAUCAUUGCCAAGUAAAUUAUCAAUCGAAAAGCCCGAGUGGCUCGUAUUGCCACUGUGCAAAUCAAGGACGAAACCGAUAAACAUUUAUCAGUGCGCGAGUGUUUAAUUCAGGUGAAUUAAUUUUAUCCACCAGCCGAUGUGAAUCCCCGAGAGUCUAAAUAAUAUGAUAAAUCACCUCGAGUGGGUAUAAUGGAGGCAGAGUGGAUUGACACAGUGCAUCGUGAUAACAAUGAAAUAAUCAAGGGCAAUGAUAGAGAUAAAAAAAUUCCCGAAAUUUUAACGGUGUUGAAUGGCAAGAGGUCUCACCAUUCAAUAAUGCUGGAGAACAAGGAGAAGACAAAUCUAGCUUAUGAGGAUGAGGCGAGCGAGGAUGUGGCAUUCGUCAAGUACCGAACAAGAAAUAAUGAGCAAAGUGGGAGUGACAUCAGGAAAGAGGCUCGUGAGGCUAUCACCAAGGACAGACAAGAGGCUCAACAAAGAAACGAGAGAAAUGACAACAUCAAACGACCGGGCAGUCUAUACACCCGGAAUCUAUCCGUUGAUGACAAGGAUGGCAAUGAGAGUGUUCUCAAUGAAACGUCGAUCGUGGGGAAUGGUAACAAGUGCCUUCGGGUGAAGUUCAAUGCGUCGAGGACCAAAAGAUCGUCAAAGCCAAAGGACGAUGGACACCCGAGUCCUUCAAUAUCGACAGCCAGCAGUUCUCCUUCCGCUGAGGGAUCCUCCGAAGACAAUUCCAGUCUGGGUCAAUUCUCUGAGGCUCGUCCCACUGAUGGUGGAUGGGGCUGGGUCGUUGUCGCUGCUUCCUUCAUGGUCAAUCUCAUUGCUGAUGGUAUAACUUUCUCGUUUGGUGUCAUCUACGUGGAGUUUCUCAAUUACUUCGGCGAGGGCAAGUCCAAGACAGCUUGGAUUGGCUCUCUCUUCAUGGCGAUGCCACUUUUGUCAGGACCUGUUGCCAGCUUUUUGACGGAUAGGUAUGGCUGCAGGAGGGUAUCCAUAGCUGGGAGUAUUUUGGCAACUUUGGGAUUUGUCAUAUCAUCGUACACGAGUUCAAUGGCCGUUCUUAUAUUUACGUUUGGUGUGAUAUCGGGCUUUGGUCUGUCACUGUGCUUUGUCGCUGCUGUUGUCAUCGUAGCCUACUACUUCGACAAGAGGAGAUCAUUCGCAACGGGAUUGUCGGUAUGCGGCAGCGGAAUUGGCACUUUUAUAUUUGCACCGUUGACCCAGUAUCUUUUGGCUGAGUACGGGUGGAGGGGUACGACCCUCAUUCUUGCAGGAUUCUUCUUUAAUUUGGCGGUUUGUGGGUGUCUCAUGAGGGAUUUGGAGUGGACGACCAUUAGGGCGAAGGCCAAGUGCCAGGAGAGAAAGCGAAAUCGAGAGAGAAAGAGAACUAGCAGAAUUCAGAGCUCAAGUGCUGAUUCUUUCUCUGCUAGCUCUUCGGCGAAUACGACAACGCAUACACCGGGUGUCGCGAGUUUUUCAGCUGCAUCAGCAAAUCCAAUUAUUCUGGAGAACUCCAGGAGGCAUGUGGAGGAGCAUGGGAAGAAUUUUUCUAGUCUUCUCACUCUACCGACGUUUUUGAAGAAUGGGGAUCAGGUGCCCAUUGAAGUUCUGGAGUUACUUGCCACUAGGAAAGAUGUUUAUAAUAUUCUGCUGCAUAAUUAUCCGAGUCUUUUGACAUCAUCGAGAAGUUUUAGUGAUUCAGCGACGAUCAAUGAUGGAGUUAAUUUGCCGGUUGUCUGCGAUGAUGAGUUGACCAAGGCGAAGGACAGGGAAGAGUUUGAUAAUUUGGAUAGGAAGAGCAAGGUGAAUAGUGAGAAGUUUAAGGAGACUAAUGAUGAUGCCGCUGUCUAUCUCUGGUGGCUGAGGAAACUCCAGCCUGAUGACUGUCAAUUGCAGAGAUCUUCGACACUCGAGGCACAUCGAAGGCUACCCACUGCUUAUCUGAGGAAUAUUCGAAUGCACAGGCAUAGUCUCACCUAUCGCGGUGCAAUGCUCAAUAUCAAUAGGUACAGGCUGAGGGCAUCCAGCUGUCCUGAUAUAUACAGGAAUUCUAUGACCACCAUUGCCAAAACAAAAUUGGUUUGGUACUCCGGGGUGUGGGAGUUCUGGGAUCUUGUCGUCGAUAUGCUGGAUUUUUCACACUUUGCUGACUCGAGAUUUCUCCUUUUUUCCAUUAGCAAUUUUCUGCUACACACCUGGUACGAUGUGCCUUAUGUUUAUCUCACUGAUAAUGCCAUUGAGAUGGGAUUCAGCGAGACUGAUGCUUCUAUGCUCAUCUCGGUUAUUGGGAUCACCAAUAUGCUUGGAGAGAUUUUCCUUGGAUGGGCCGGAGAUAAAGUCUGGGUGAAUGCUUCCAUCGUUUAUGCAGUAUGCAUGAUACUCUGUGGUGCUGUAACAAGCAUAAUUCCACUUGUUGUCAGACAUUACUACGCACUCUGCGCGGUUUCUGGUGCAUUUGGUAUUUUCAUUGCUGCAAAUUACAGUCUUACGAGUAUUAUUCUUGUUGAAGUUAUAACGCUUGAACGUUUUACAAAUGCCUACGGUCUCUUGUUACUGGUUCAGGGAAUUGCCAAUCUCAUGGGGCCACCACUGGCUGGUUUGCUCUAUGAUAUCACAGGCACCUACGACCUGUCAUUCUACCUAGCAGGAUUCUUCAUUGGUCUCAGUGGGAUUCUCCUGAUGGUAGUCCCAUGCAUCGAGAUGUAUCGAAAAUACUCUCGAAAGAAUAACGCCAAUCUCUCGAGAAAAAAUCUCGCUGCUGGAAUAAACAGCGUGUGAACAAUGGAGUCAUGAAUUAAUUGAGUUAACAAAAAGAAAAAACAACAGACCAGAACAUAACAAUAACAAAAGCUGGGUUUAACGGACCCACAUAUUUGUCUAUUUAUUCAUCAAUUAAUCUGAACAGUUAUUUAUUUAUCAAUUGUGCUUGCAUGCACGAAGGAAUAGACAUCGGAACGGCUGUCAAAUUUUUAGUGACGUUUGUACAAAUGCAAAAAUAUGUCUCGGAAUUUUUCCUUAUACUGAAACUUCCAUUUGAUUAUAAAUUCAAUGAAGUUUAGUACUAGAUCGAGAUCCUUAUUGUAAUUUAUCAAUUAAUCUAUACGACUCUGUACGAAUUAGUGAUGAAACAAUAUUAUUGAACCGAAUACAUUUUUUCGACGAUCAGAGGUUAGUAGGAAUAAAUGAAUAAAUAAAGUAUGUAACAAUUUCUUGUUAAGGCUCCGACCCAUUCGAAUCUCAGGAUAGUUGAUUGAAAUUAUGAGGUAAAUUCUGCAAUUCCUGUAGAGUGGAGAAAAGCUUCUGAGAAAAUUAGAAUACGAUACGAAUUGAUCGACUAUAUCUUCAGUGUUUUUUUCCACAAGAAAUAUAGCGAAUGUAAAUAAUAAUUCUGUUAUUCUCUCGUUCUUCAUUGAACUUUUUGAUAAUUCAAAAUUCUACAUCCAAUUAUUCAGCUUAUUCCUUCACGCAUGAAAAACGUCAUAGUAAAACCUAGUGCUUCCUCCGAGAAAUUUCAUUGAUUUUAUUCUAUAAUUCUAUUUGUUCUUUCACGUCUUUUGCUGCAGGUCAAUUUUCUAGCAACAAAUAUCUGUUUCAACCCACGGGGUCCUGAUUUUUAAAUAAAUUACCGCAAAAAAACUAGAAUGUUCUGAUAGAAUUUCAAUAGAAUUCAGUAGAAAUUUUAAGAGAAAGCGCAGGAUUUUUUUAAGGUAUCUUAUCAAAAAAUUUGUGUUCGUCGUAUUCACAGAGUAUUUGCUUUAGUGGAAGCAUGAACAAGUGUAAAUAAUCGGCGGCAAAUAUUCUGGGAGAGGAAACAAUAGUUUUAUUUGUAUAUAAUAGCUUUCUGUGAUGAUAAAGGAUAAAUGAAAAAAUGUGGGAACGAUGGAGUUGUGCGGAGUGGGUUUUAUCGAAUGUAAAGUCGAAUGUGGAAUACAUACUCUUAUUUUCGAUGAAAUUUGAAGAUCUUUAGUAGGAAAUCUGCAGCGGCCUUACUGGCGUCUUAUGGAAUCCGGAGUAAUAUUUUACUAUAAGAGAUAAUUAUAGAGGUAGACGAAACGUUCGAACAUUUUGGAAUAAGUUAAUAUAGUUGAAUUGGUGACCAAGUACGAUCCUAGUAUUAGUCGGGAGACAUUGGACGUUUAUUCGAUAUUAAGGACGAAGUUAUUACAACGAAUCCUUCGGAGAUUCAAUUACUGAAUUGAUAUUUGAAAAUUUAAAAUUUUCGCCGAUAUUCUCCAAGCCCUAGCGAGUAGGAGGGAUGGAUUUUCCUAUUGUUCUCAUGUAGCGGUCAAUAUAUUGACAAGUUAAUCAUUUUUUAGUCAUUCGAGUGCUGUUGAAUUUCAAAUAAAUUAAUGGCCUUCCGUCGUUAUGAGGAUCACGUGGAAAAAAUUAUGUCCAAGCUCACAAGACAUUCUAUUCAAUCAAUUUUAAUAGAACAAGUGCAGAAGAAUUUUACGGAAAAAUUUAUUCACUUUUUGGUACUUUGUAUUGAAUAUUCACGACCAAGUCGUGACAUUUUCGUAAUAGAUAUUUGAAGAAAUCCAAUAGAUUUUCAUUCAGUAUCAAAUAGGUGAAGGGCAACAACUCGACGUAUUUCCUAGUCAAUUGAAAUAGCGAAAUUGGUCGAGCUUUUCCGAUUCAAAUUUUCUGUGCGCAAUGAAUCCAUCGUUGAGUGAAAAUUAAUUCGAUUACCACCCGAAUAGAAAAAGAUAUAACACAAAAAUUACAACUGAGAUAUAGUAUUUUGUCGGAAUUUCCUAAAUAUAUCCUUAAAUAUUUAUAUCUUGGAUAUAUCUUCACUGUGAGCUUCGAGAUAUAUCUGAUAUAUAUAUAUCCAAUAUAUAUUUCAGAUCGAAAAUCUAUUUCGGAUAAUGCAUUUUUUGAAUAAAAUAUAUGCGACCUAUAUCCGGAUAUAAUUGUCAUAUAUUUCUGAAUAUAUAUUUUUCUCAUUUGAGAAAUGGAGGUCUUUUUUUUAUAUGCGAUAAGGAGUGAAAGUGGAAUUUCUUUCGAGUAAUAAUUUUUUGUUUUUCUAAUGGAUCAUCUAAAGUAGUUGAAUUUUUUCAAACGUGGUCCUCGAUUCAGUGCCCUCAACAUGGAAAUAUAUAUUUCUUAGAAAACGGCCCGAUACAUAUACUGUAUGUGAAUUAGCAUGAACAAGUUAAUCUUGAUGAGAAGAGUCAGGCACAUUCAGCAUAUUCAGAGCAUUCAUCAAAUAAAGAUUAAAAAUGUAAUCGAAA